GAAGAGGUGCCACUUGGCGGCCAUGGCAGCUAUAGUAUUGGAGACUGUGGGUCAAGGCCCGACGGAGUGGAGUAUCAUGGGCACCACCGGGUGUAGGGCAGAGACAGCUUUGUAUCAGCUUUGCUGCUGAACCUCUAGGAUCCUUCGUCAAAGGCCUGCAGGACUCCUUGUUCCUUCUUAGACUUGGAGGGGAGUUUGCCGGGACUGGUGGGCUGGUCCUUGCCCUGGGGGCGUGGAUCACCUGCGGGGCCGCCUCUUGGAGACUGGGGCGCAGAGAGAACUUACAGGUUCGCUUGGGUUUCCCCCCUUUUCCUUCUGCCGCCUGAGACGUUGUGCCGGCCUCAUUACAACAAUCGAAGAAAUUGCUCAUUCGCACAUUUUCCCCAUUGACUUUUCCCAUUUCUUUUAACCCAGGAGAAUCCAGUGACUGGCAUUUGAGACCCCGGGGCUGGGACCUAAGAUUGCUGAAAGUUUUCUCUGGUGCUAAUAUAAGCAAAAAGGGGCUGUUUCUAGGUACGUUCGGGAGAAGGUGCCUCGUGAACGAACUUGCUGUGGGGAGUCCAAAAGAACUGGAAAGCCCACUUGUUCUCUUGGAACUACCGUACGUGUUUAAAGAAUCGAAGCACCUUUUGAAGCCACUGGAUAUUUGUAGUCUGGUGGUGGGUGAAUAAAGGAGGUCAGAAUGGAUGAUUUCAUCUCCAUUAGUCUACUAUCUCUGGCUAUGUUGGUGGGAUGUUACGUGGCUGGAAUCAUUCCCUUGGCUGUUAAUUUCUCGGAGGAGCGCCUGAAGCUGGUGACUGUCUUGGGUGCUGGCCUUCUCUGUGGAACUGCACUGGCAGUCAUUGUGCCUGAAGGAGUACAUGCACUUUAUGAAGAUAUUCUUGAGGGAAAACAUCAUCAAGCAGGGGAAACACAGAAUGUGAUUGCAUCAGACAAAGCAGCAGAGAUAUCAGUUGUCCACGAACAUGAGCACAGCCACAACCACACACAGCUGCAUGCCUACAUUGGUGUUUCCCUUGUACUGGGCUUCGUGUUCAUGUUGCUGGUGGAUCAGAUUGGCAAUUCCCACGUGCAUUCUGCUGACGAUCCAGAAGCAGCAAGGUCGAGCAGUUCCAAAAUCACCACCACACUGGGUCUGGUUGUCCAUGCUGCAGCUGAUGGUGUUGCCUUGGGCGCAGCAGCUUCUACUUCACAAACUAGUGUCCAGUUAAUUGUGUUUGUGGCAAUAAUGCUACAUAAGGCACCAGCUGCUUUUGGGCUGGUUUCCUUCUUAAUGCAUGCCGGCCUAGAGCGGAACCGAAUCAGAAAGCACUUGCUGGUCUUUGCACUGGCAGCACCAGUCAUGUCCAUGGUGACAUACUUAGGACUAAGUAAGAGCAGUAAAGAAGCCCUCUCAGAGGUUAAUGCCACUGGAGUGGCCAUGCUGUUCUCUGCCGGGACAUUUCUUUAUGUUGCAACAGUACACGUCCUCCCUGAGGUGGGAGGAAUGGGGCACAGCCACAAGCCCGACACCACUGGAGGGAGAGGCCUCAGCCGCCUGGAGGUGGCAGCUCUGGUUCUGGGUUGCCUCAUCCCACUCAUCCUGUCAGUAGGACACCAGCAUUAAAAUGUUCAGGUUCCAGCCUCAGUCUUUGGCCGUUUGCCAUCCAGUGAGGAUAGCCGGCAGCCGGCACGUGACAGCUCCUCACUUCUCAGUCUCUUGUCUCAUCUUGCCCAUCUCCACCUGUAUUCCUAGAGUCCAGAAGUGGGUGAGAUCAAAACUUGGAACAAUGGAAAAGCUUUUAGAGUAGAAACAACACAUUGCAAUUAGCUAUAGACAUUCUGUUGUGUUGUCUUUUAAGGGCCUUUGGCAUUAUGAGUUUUGAUGCUUCUCUUAACCCUAUUCUCAGGGAAGAUGGAAUUCAGUUUUAAAGAAAAGUGGAGAACUUCAUACUCACAAUGAAAUAGUAAUUAUGAAAAUACAGUGUUCUGUAAUUAAGCAAAAUCUCUUUUCAGUUUAGAGGCUCUGCCACUUUCAUCCAUUGAUGUUUAACAUGGUUCUCACCAUGUAAGACUGGUGCUUUAGCAUCUAUGCCACAUGCCUUGAUAGAAGGUCAUAGCACUCACUCUGUUAGAUGCUAAAGGUGAUUGCAGUUAAUUCAGGAUUAGAGUCAGGAGAAUGACGGGAAGACGCAUUGAAAAGGGAUGACUAGAGAAACUUAAACCGCUCCUUGUGCACAGGCCUGUCUGAAUGCAGCAUGUAGUUCCAUCACAUGGAGCAACAGAGGGGGGGACUAGCUUUUAAGGAGGUGACUAGUACCCUGUUUCCCCGAAAAUAAGACCUACUUACAGGAAAGAUAAGACGUCCCCUGAAAAUAAGACCUAGCGCAUCUUUGGGAGCACACCUUAAAAUAAGACACUGUCUUAUUUUUGGGGAAACAGGGUAUUUUGUAGCAUUUCUUUUCAAGUUCUCCUCUGCAGAAUACCUGCCCCCAGCGCAUUCUUAUAGAAGUGCCAAGUUCUAAUAGUUUCAAGCCUAGGCUUUCCUUCAAGAACAGUCAGAUCACAUAAACCAUCUUUGGAAAUUAAGGGAUGUUAGAUUUUAAGUGAAUUUGGAUAGUUAUUGACAUCUUUGUAGUAGCCUUUUUAAAUGUAAGACUACCAGAAGCUAUGUGUCUUUUUUUUUUUAAGCAUCUCUCUUAGCAAGUCAGCCUCUGGUUUAGGGAGCUGUGUCUGCCCACACAACCACCUGUAGCAGUGAAGAAAGUGAAGGUGGAUCUAAAUGGAAGUGCAUGCCUGUUGAUUUAAAACUUAGUGAAAUCAUGUCUCUUGUCUCUUCAUCUUCUCCGUGCUUUUCUCUUACCUUUCCCUCUAGCCCUUCCUCCCUACAAUUUGCUGCUUACUGCUGGUGUUAAUAUUUGUAUGAGAUGAAUUCUCAUCAGGACAACCACUUCUUGAACUGUGAUGAUGAAAACAAUAAUGUCUUUAUUCUUUAUCCCCUUCAAAGAAGUUACUUUUAUGUCAAAUCAGCUUUGUCAAGCCCUUAAAAUAUCACCUUCUCAUAUGUGAGUUGACACAGUCACUAAUAUUCUGGCAAUUGAGAUAGCAAAAGUGUUUAAUAAACAAACGUUUUUCCAUAUUUGCCAAAAUCUAUGUAAACCCUGUUUUGUCAAAUAUUUGUAUAAUAUUGUUAUUAUUAAUUUAUUUUGACUUUCUGUGUCAUUUCAGAACAUAGUACAUUAAGGAGGAACUAAGAAUAGUUUCUUUAGGACAGUGGAUUUAGUAGUUUAUAAAAACAUUUUAUAUGCUGUGGAGCCAGCAUGACCAUGAUUUCUUUAUUUCCUUCUUAAAUUUGUCACUGGGUCAGCAGCUGUGGAAAUAAAACUUAGGAAGCCCUCUGCUGGCUGUGGUGUAGAAAGUAGCAUGAAUAGGAUUUGGUUUAGUCAUUGGCAACCAUUGUGUACAAUUUAAAACCAAGAAAAGGUUCAGCGUGGAAAGUGUAAGUGACUUUCCUGAUUAGAUGAUAACAGCUGACUUAUGAGAGACCUGGGGCUUCAUCUGGUCCUUCAAAAUUAUAUGGUUGCCUAGACUUUCUCUGGAAACUGACUUUGUCCAAUAGAUAGCAGGUCGUAGUGUCUGGUUUGGUUUGGAUAGUAGUGCUUUCUAUCUUAUUGUGUAUGCAGUGGUCAGAAUUUGUUCUGCUGGCCAAAUGAUCUUUCAGCAGUGCCUUGCCAUCAUGCUUAAAUGUUUGGCUAAAAUACCUUGUUGGAUAGGGCCUUGAACUCUGGCAAGGAUUGAACCAUUCUAACUUCCAAAUUUGCCUUCCCUUCUCAACCUGACUAUUAACAGGCAAAACUUUCAAGGCCCUAACAGCUCUGAGAAGCUGUGGGCUUCCCCAGAUUUUAAAGCUGCUGCCUCAGGAACUACUUAUUUCUCUCCUGGUCAGCCGGCAGACAUAGCCAUACAACUCUCAUAGGGCUCAAACGUAUCUCCAGGCAGCAGGGAACCAGGCAGUGUGGUGGAGGCCUCCUUCCCUAGAGGAAGAGCUCGCUUACGUGGUGAGCAGCGUCCCAGGAGAGGCCAUAUCCGUGUUCACUUUCUGACCCAUUUUGUUCCAUUUUCCUCUUGUUUAAAGCUGCCUCUUUAGAUGUGGAUGCCUUAAUGCUCUAACAGAUUUGAAAACCUUGGCAAUACUUAAGUUGCUGCUGUGAUUACAAAUGGAAUUAUUGGCUACCAAAGAGACGCAAUUGAUAAUGAAAAGCAUGGUCCUUCCUUCCACAUAACCAAAGUGAAUCUUAAUUGCAAUUUGACUCCUUUCCUUGGUAGGGGUAGACUUUCUUCAGAUUCCAAGUGCUCUCAUAAUGGCAGAUUAAGUUGAAAAAUACUACUGAUCCAUUCCCUUCACUUACUCUCCAGUUAAUUGCUUAUCGGUUCUCAUUUUGUCAAAGCAGUGAUGUUCCGGGUGUGAUUCGGUUUUCCUGUGCAGGCUGUUGUCACAUUUCUUGUUGUUUAGGCAUAGGUUCUGCCUGGGACGUGUAGAGUUGAAAGCAGUACUACCUACAGAGGCUGCGUGUUCUCUUUCCCCUCCUUUCACCUUUUUAUUUCCCAACUCAAAACAGUCUAGUCAAUCCUGGUCUUUGAAUCAUUAGAAAAAAGAAAGGGAGUGGCUGCUUUGAGUUGUCCUUUCAAUGUAGAAAGGAGAAAAUGUGACUAUGUUUUUUUUUUACCAGCCUACUUCUAAGUGUCACUGCCUGGUUUUUCUCUUUUUCAAGAAUUAGAACUAGGAGGACACACCAGCAAGGGAGUGUGUUAAGCCCCUGAAAACAGCUAGGUACUGACCACGGUAACAGUAUGUCAACAGCACAAACCCCAAAGAAUGCUCCUGCCUUUUGGGCUCCUGAGCCUCUUAGAAGACUGAGAAUAGUGACCAGAUUCAUCCAGAACUGCUACAGUUCUAGAUGACACCUUCUGCAGCUGUUCUGCAGGGGAACAAAUCUUCCUUGCAUCAGAAAACAUCUUCUCAAUAGGGAACUGUCCAUAUCACCCAAAGAUACUGUGGAGAUACUAUGUUGGAGAUACUAUCAAAUUAAAACCAAUGAUGUAACCUCUUUGUAUCUGAAACAUCUAGAUUUACCUCAGGGGACCUGAAAGAAAUUACUUGUGGGAAAGAAUUAGACAACCAUUUAGGAAUUAUCUGGAUGUGCUCAACCUAACACAGUUGCAUAAGUCAAGCAGAUUGGCUUUGAUCUUUUCUCUGAUGACAUCUUCCAGCAAGUUGGGAAUCUCAUGGGAUAACACUUCAGUUCCCCUGGUUCAGUAGCUGGAACAGUGGUUUUAAAUGUCCAUUUUUCUGGAUCCUUUGUAAACAUGAAAUCAUUCCAUGGAUGGCUGCCUUAUAAUUUUGUCUCUUUCCUCUUUAAUUGUGAAUGGUUAAAACAAUGCUGUUUUCUGAUUUGUUUUAUGAUAUUAAAUUUUUAUUAGUGCAUAUCU